ACCCCCAAGACGGGUCCAGAACAUUAGGAGGGGGUGCCCAUGUCCCCCCGGUGGCCAGCCGUCCGCGAUGAAAGGGUUAUCGGGCAGCCGCAGCCAUCACCACGGGAUCACCUGUGACUCGGCCUGUGACUCGCUGUCCCACCAUUCGGACCGCAAGCCGUACCUGCUGAGCCCAGUGGAGCACCACCCCGCCGACCACCCUUACUACACACAGCGCAACUCCUUCCAGGCCGAGUGCAGAGGCCCCUUCAGCGACCCGCUGGCCAGUAGCACCUUCCCGCGCAGGCACUACGCCUCGCAGCAGGAGCUAAAGGACGAGUGCGCCCUGGUGCCACACACACUGGCCACCAAGGGGAACCGCAUCCCUGCAAACCUGCUGGACCAGUUUGAGAGGCAGCUACCCCUCAACCGGGAUGGCUACCACACUCUGCAGUACAAGCGGACCGCCGUGGAGCACCGCAGCGACAGCCCUGGGCGCAUCCGGCAUCUGGUCCACUCGGUCCAGAAACUCUUCACCAAGUCGCACUCUCUGGAGGGGCCAUCUAAGGGCAGCGUCAAUGGGGGCAAGGCCAGCCCUGACGAGACACAAACCGUGAGGUAUGGCAAGCGCAGCAAAAGCAAGGAGAGGAGGGUGGAGCCCAAAACCCGGUCCAACGUCACACCCACCUCCACCUCCUCACCGGGUUGGUGGAGUUCUGAUGACAACCUCGAUGGCGAUAUGUGCAUCUAUCACGCACCCUCAGGUGUGAUGACCAUGGGCAGGUGCCCCGACCGCUCGACCUCCCAGUACUUCAUGGAGGCCUACAAUACCAUCAGCGAGCAGGCCGUGAAGGCCUCCCGAAGUAACAAUGAUGUCAAGUGCUCCACCUGUGCCAAUCUGCCCGUGAACCUGGACGCCCCACUCCUGAAGAAGAGUGCCUGGUCCUCCACCCUCACCGUGAGUCGGGCCCGGGAGGUUUACCAGAAAGCCUCUGUGAACAUGGACCAGGCCAUGGUGAAGUCUGAGUCAUGUCAACAAGAACGCUCUUGCCAGUACUUGCAGGUUCCUCAGGAUGACUGGACAGGCUACACCCCUCGAGGGAAAGAUGAUGAAAUUCCUUGCCGAAGAAUGCGCAGUGGCAGCUAUAUCAAGGCCAUGGGGGACGAAGACAGCGGAGAUUCAGACACAAGUCCUAAGCCUUCUCCCAAAGUUGCUGCCCGGAGAGAGAGCUAUCUCAAGGCCACCCAGCCAUCCCUCACUGAGCUCACCACACUCAAGAUCUCCAAUGAACACUCGCCCAAGCUCCAGAUCCGAAGUCACAGCUACCUGAGGGCGGUGAGCGAAGUCUCCAUCAACAGGAGCUUGGACAGCCUGGACCCCGCGGGCCUGCUCACGUCGCCCAAGUUCCGCUCCAGGAACGAGAGCUACAUGCGCGCCAUGAGCACCAUCAGCCAGGUGAGCGAGAUGGAGGUGAACGGGCAGUUCGAGUCCGUGUGUGAGUCGGUGUUCAGCGAGCUGGAGUCGCAGGCGGUGGAGGCUCUGGACCUGCCCGUGCCUGGUUGCUUCCGCAUGCGGAGCCACAGCUACGUGCGCGCCAUCGAGAAGGGCUGCUCGCAGGACGACGAGUGCGUGUCGCUGCGCUCGGUCUCGCCGCCGCGCACGGCCACCACGGUGCGCACCAUCCAGAGCAGCACGGGUGUCAUAAAACUGAGUUCAGCAGUGGAAGUGUCAUCUUGCAUUACAACCUAUAAGAAGACACCACCUCCAGUCCCACCCAGAACCACCACGAAACCUUUCAUUUCUAUCACAGCGCAGAGUAGCACCGAGUCCGCGCAGGACGCCUACAUGGACGGGCAGGGCCAGCGCGGUGACAUAGUCAGCCAGUCGGGGCUCAGCAACUCCACCGAAAGCCUGGACAGCAUGAAGGCCCUGACCGCCGCCAUCGAGGCCGCCAAUGCGCAGGUCCACGGCCCCGCCAGCCAGCACGCGGCCAGCGCGCCCGCGGCCGAGGACCGCCGGAAGGAGCCCAGGAAGAGCCGCUGCCUGUCCGUCGGGAUACAGGUGGAUGAUGCUGAAGAACCAGAUAAGACGGGAGAGAAUAAAGCUCCCAGUAAGUUCCAGUCUGUGGGAGUCCAAGUAGAAGAGGAGAAGUGCUUCCGCAGGUUCACUCGAUCCAACAGCGUGACGACAGCCGUCCAGGCGGACCUGGACUUCCACGAUAACCUGGAAAAUUCCCUGGAAUCCAUAGAGGACAAUUCGUGUCCCGGCCCGAUGGCCAGGCAGUUCUCCCGGGACGCCAGCACCUCCACGGUCAGCAUCCAAGGCUCGGGCAACCACUACCACGCCUGCGCGGCCGACGACGACUUCGACGUGGAUUUUGACCCGUCGAUUCUGCCGCCUCCGGAUCCCUGGAUCGACUCGAUCACGGAGGACCCGCUGGAGGCCGUGCAGCGGUCCGUGUGCCAUCGGGACGGCCACUGGUUCCUGAAGCUGCUGCAGGCGGAGCGCGACCGCAUGGAGGGCUGGUGCCAGCAAAUGGAGCGGGAGGAGCGCGAGAACAGCCUGCCCGAGGACAUUCUAGGGAAAAUCCGAACCGCAGUGGGCAGUGCCCAACUUCUUAUGGCCCAGAAAUUCUACCAGUUCAGAGAACUGUGUGAAGAAAACCUGAAUCCUAAUGCCCAUCCGAGACCCACCUCCCAGGACCUGGCGGGGUUUUGGGACAUGCUGCAGUUGUCCAUAGAAAACAUUAGUAUGAAAUUUGAUGAACUCCAUCAGUUGAAGGCCAAUAAUUGGAAACAGACGGAUCCUCUUGACAAGAAGGAGAGGAGGGCCCCUCCUCCAGUGCCCAAGAAGCCGGCGAGGGGCCCCGCGCCGCCGCUGACCCGGGAGCGCUCGCUGGAGAGCUCGCAGCGCCAGGACGCCCGCAAGCGCCUGCUGGCCGCCAAGCGCGCCGCGUCGGUCCGCCAGAGCUCGGCCACCGAGAGCGCGGAGAGCAUCGAGAUCUACAUCCCCGAGGCGCAGACCCGGCUCUGAGCGCCUCCGACGCCGCCCGCGCCCCUCCGGACGCGCUGCGCGUCCGAGCUGCGCCCACCGCCUUCCUGCACCACCCAUAGCUCCCCUUUCAGUUCCGGGCCACGUGUAGAGAGGCCACCUUAGGUCCCCGCACCCCGUCCUCUCCAGCACUUAGUGUGUUCCUACAGCUCAGCAAUAUCCAACAGGGUGUUUCAGAAACCCAGGGCGGGCUCUGGACAGACUUACUGUCUUCCACAGGAGAGAGAUCCGAGGGCUCGAUUCCCCGCCUCGCCCCCAAAUGGUGACCCUUCCAAAUACAAAGCAGAUGGAGCACUUUACUUCCAACCUCAGAAAGAAAUCAGCCAUCUCACCUGCAUGGAGGAGGGACAGAGAAGGGGGGACGAAGCUGGCCGUGUGGGGAGCCGCGUGAGCGCAGGGGACCCGCGCCUCUCGGUUGCACAAACCACCCGCGUCACCUCCAUCCACGGCUCCAGGUGUCUCCACCAGCAGAAGAUUGUAAAUUCGAUCUUUCAGGGAAAUCAAUCUAUUCCGAAAGGCAAUAAAGCGAAGGCAGGCUAGGCAAAGGAGGCACUGAUGGUUGAAGAUAUUACAUAGGGAUUUUCUUUUCUUUCUUUCUUUCUUUUUUUUUGGUCCUAUUAUUCAGAAAAGCCGUAGUGUUCUAUGGACUUCCAUUGUGCUCUGUGUACUCUAUGCUUGUGGCCCAAAGGGCGAAGGGCUGGUUCUCAGACCUGCCUGGCACACAGCUGAGCAGGUCCGCUCCUGAAGGCUUUCCAGAGCAGAGCCGGGCUUCCCUGUCGUCCUCUCGAGCCCUGUAGUUCUCAUUUCGGGUCUGUUUUCUGCGUCAGGCUCCACUUUCUUUUGCACACAGUCACAUGUUCCCCAGCGCAGGCCACUGUCCUAUGUCCAGAGACUAAAAUAAGCUUGCUACCCCAGGGGACACGCCCUGGGGGUCCCAGGGAGUGAGAAGAGCUUGGCCUACAGGGUGGAGAGAUCCAGGUUCGGGGCAGAGGAUGCUGGUUUGUGUUUUGAGCCACGACUUCUAGGCAGCGGGCAUGGCCCGAGAGGUCGUGAUCUUUCACCGCCCUCCCUCCUAGUGCAGUUGAAACCCUGAGAACGUGGCGAUCUCAAAGUGUCCCUGGCGUUUUAUGUCACGCGCACACCCUCAAAUUCACCAUCAAAGAAAGAUUAAAAAUACCAACAACAACAUAACAUCGGAUAUGCUUGCACCAGAAAACCUUUUUUGUUUUAAUGCACUCUCAUAGCCUGGUGCUAAUUUCAUUUUAUUUAUGAAAUUAAGAGAGGUAAUGGGUUCUGGGACAAAUGUUUUUCACCGACAUAUUCUGAAACCACUAGAGAAUUCGCUACCUCUCAGAGCCAUGGAUGCUUUGAGCUAUCUUUAUUAACAGGGCACAAAUGUUUACGGCUGUGGUUUACAAGAAAAGGGCUACUCAUUUAUUUCAAAACCAACCGACCAACUCUUUAAGUAGGGGACAAAGCACCCAGAAGUGCUUUGUAAACCUGGAGCAAAGAGAGACCUCGAGUACUCGCUAGUUUCGGCAAAAAACACCCCUUUUCUCUAGGUGGCAGCCGUGGAAGGGUAGCGGCGUGUUGGAGUAGGUCAGGACGCUGUCACCCGGGUGGGCCUGUUGGUCACCCGCUGAGAAGGCUGGGAACUCCCAGGUCGCCCCCGGAAGCAGUGUCCGCCCGAGUCCAUAUCCGCUCAGCUCCGGGACCCAGGGAGAGUUGAGAUUAGAUUAGGAAAUCGAUUCCUAGUGCGGGUCUAGAGCAUCCAACAAUAUUUUCUUUGGAAACUGACGUAGCCCAGGAUAUUUUAAAGCGGGACAGGAGAAGGCCUAUUUAUCUUGUCUAAGUGAUCGGUAUUUGUAUAUUCAUAAGCUAUUUUUGGUAAGAAUUUUAAACCUUUUAGCCAAACGCCUAUAGGGUGUCAUGACCUUUGCCUUUCUUCAAAACAGUUUAAAUUUACGAACACUUUAUAAAAAGCUAAUUAUUAAUGUGAGACCACGACCCCAGAGAGGCUGCUUGUUAGCAUCUGACCCUAAAACCGACAUUCAUGAGCAUAAGCCUUUGUUACAUUGUUCUUUUUGAUGUAAUUUGUAGAAAUGUUUUUUAGUUCAUAAUGGAAAAUGUGCGCGCCCUGAAAAAUUACUUAUUUUGUUUAACUUUGGUAUAAAGGUGUCGGGCAUUUUCUUGGGGAGGGGGGAUCACAAAAGAAGCUUGUCUCCCACAUCAAAAAAAGUUCAAAGAAAUUAAGUAUUUAUUAUAUUUUUUGCAGAUGUUUCCAUACAAUUCACAUAACCUUUUUGUAAAGAGAGAUGAAGAAAUGGAUUAAAGAUUUUUAAUAUUUGAAAUGGUAAAUAGAACUAAUUUAUUUGUAAUAUAUUUCUGUUAUUUAUAGAUGUUUCCUUAGUGUUUUUCUGUGCAUUACCCCUUUGAUUUAAGCCUUACUCUUGUGAAUUUACCAUUUCUUUUUUAACACAUGUCUAGAUGCAUAUUUUAAAUAACUGGAAUGUAAAUCACUAGCAUAUCUGAAUUCCCAAAUGUAAUUUUUAAAAAUUAUUUUGGUUUGGAAAAAAAAGAUUCACUUGAAAGCCUUCAGGUGGAGGGGUGGGGAACAUUUUUAUGGCUUUCUGAAUUGGAAUUUCACAGGCUCAUUUACCUAGAUUGUGUGUGGACAAAAACAAUUGUAAAUAGAUGAAUGUUUCCCAUAAUGUAAAAAGAAGAAAUUAAUAAAAGAACUAAUGCACUGCUUUCA